AACCCACUCCCGUCCCUCCGUCGCACCACACUUCAAGUUCAACCUGGCGUACAAGUCAGGCUCGCUGCCGUACGCAGCGCAAGACAUACAAUGUCACACACAUUGUAGGUAGACUAUCGUCCAUGGGUUCCUCCGAGUUGCGGUUGAAGACGGUGGCUCCGUCUGGUACGUCUUUUUCCGCAAAUCGAUGCACAUAUUCCAACCUUGCAGAUGUCCACGAGCGCUGGCCGUACAUCAAAGCCGAUGCCCGUCGCGUCAGUGACGGUUGUUUCGAGUGCGAGGUUGAUCAGCGCUGAGCGAUAGUGGACGACGUUGUGCUGGGCAUCGGGAUGAAUCUUCCCCAAAGGUCGCGAUGGGAUUGCGGCGACGGCAUUCGAACUCGCUAUUGAUGUGGCCACCGCGCCGGAUACGCUCUCCCCCCGGAUUGGCCGUGCAAACCUCGAGCGGAUUAGGCUGGAGGUCGAUGAUUGCCCAGCAUGAGCAGUGCAAGUAUAUGCGACGGCCCAUCCAGUCCGCUUACUUCACGACAACGAACUUGGCCCACUAUCCUCCAACACCAACCUGCCCAUCUGCGGGAGUACCAUACCUGCCUGCUCGUCCAGGUCUUCGACGUGCCGCGAUCGUCCGAAGAACCGCGAUUAAGGCUCAUACUCUAGGCACCUCAGGACUUAUAAAGUGUAUUCAUCUUCGCUACUUUAACCCUCGCAGGACCGUCCUCGACGAGCAACCUCGUCUGCCUACAACUCUUUCUGAUCGUGCCUCUGGUGACUGCUGCCGACGCCAAAGACCAUUUUUACAACGUCCCCGGAGCGAUGCGAUACUACUGUGCGCGUCGCAUACCGCAGGGAUCACCACUGUCCCGCCCGCCUCCUCGCUCGUUCAAAGUGUUCCGUUGUCGUCCAGCGACCUGCCCCGCAAAGAUGGAAAAGCUCCGACCGUAUGUGCCCGGUCUGACCAAGACAUCGAGCUCAAAUUUGCUGAGGAUCUGCGCGAGCGCAGCGUCGAGUGCGCGCACCCUCCCGAUGCGGAGACGGAUGUCGAACUGGUCAAACGGAAGUUCACGGCCGUCCAUGAGCCCAGUUCUUGCUAAACAUGUAUCAUAGCAUAUAUGUGCAAGAUAGCGACGUACGGUGGUCCUGUCGACGUCACAAAAGUAGCGUACAGGCUUGCUUUGGUGCACGAGUUGAGGAGAGCAACUCCUGACGAUGCAGGAUGCGCUCCGGGAACGUCGUCGGCAGCGCGAUUUUGACCGCGUGAACGUUUCUGUGUUCUGGAUACGAUGUUCAAGCACGGCACGCAGUUGGCGACGUCGCGAUGCGCCAGGAUCCAAAUUAUACACGUCUAUGGUCAAGGAUCUUGUUAUGUCGCGCCAUACUCCAACGUCCACGCGAUUGACCACCGCCUGGUUGAACAAGGUGGAAGCGUCUUGAAGGCCUAUUGCAAGCAGUUGCCGU